UUUUUGUUUCUGUGUUUCGAUAACUUCAAUUUGAUUAAUUUAAAUUUACGAUAAGCUUGUGUGUGAAUAACGUCACAUAAAAUACUGCUUUUGUGUAGAGAAAAUGUCUCCACGUUCUCUGGUUCCGGUUCUUUGACCUUUGACUGAAUCUCUAUCCAUUCCUUUUUCCGCUUUAACUCCCUCCUCAUCGUGCAUUCCAUAUGCCCCUAUUUAUACCCUCUCUGCAACCCUAAAUCGACAAAUCUCUCUCUAUAUAUCACAUGGCAGACAACAAACCACUCAAUUCUUCUUCCGGAGACCGGCGGCAACCAAGCCGGUUACAACGUAGGGCACCGGCGUCAAUACAAGUAGAUCGAGUAACCGAUUGGAAUGUUGCGAUACCGCUUCUAUCGCCGCUGAUAACUUCUCCGACGUCUCCCCAAUCGGAUAACUUGAAGGCAGCAAUAAACGCUUUUUCUAGCUCGGUUCAUCAGGAAGAGGUGAAGAAAGAUCAUACAGAGAAGCCGAUGAUGGUGUUUAAGAAGUGGCAGCAUCCGGCGGCGCCGUUCUGUUACGAGACGGCUCCGUUGGUGCCAUUUGUAUGUGCAGGAAACGCCGAUAGACGAUGAGAAUUUAUAGAUCUGAAUCGUAAUGUUAGGUAGCUGUUGAUACAAUGUGUUUUGUAAUUUGCGAAUUGAAAAAUUGCAAGGGCAAUUGUAAGAUGUAGUUUUAGCCUUCUAAACAUUUUUGUUAAUAAUCUCUAGCCCUUUUAACAAUCUGUACAAUGAACAACUUUUGGUUACUAAUGAUAUCCAUUCAGCAAA